GCCGGGCGCGCGCAUCCCCUCAGAGCCGCCGCCAUGGACAGCAGCGGCAAGGAGCGCGAGGCCGUGCAGCUCAUGGCCGAGGCCGAGAAGCGGGUCAAGUCCUCGCACUCCUUCCUCAGGGGGCUCUUCGGAGGAAAUUCAAAGGUAGAAGAAGCCUGUGAAAUGUACACCAGGGCUGCAAACUUGUUCAAGAUCGCCAAAAACUGGAAUGCUGCAGGAAAUGCAUUUUGUCAGGCAGCCAAGCUCCAUAUGCAACUACAGAGUAAACAUGAUGCAGCCAUCGGUUUUGUGGAUGCUGGGAAUGCUUACAAAAAGGCAGAUCCACAAGAGGCUAUGAACUGCUUAAAUGCAGCCAUCGAUAUUUACACAGACCUGGGCCGGUUUACUAUUGCUGCCAAGCAUCACAUCACCAUUGCAGAGAUUUAUGAGACUGAGCUGGUAGAUAUUGAAAAGGCAAUUGCACAUUAUGAACAAGCUGCAGAUUACUACAAAGGAGAAGAAUCCAACAGUUCAGCUAACAGGUGUCUGCUGAAGGUGGCUGCAUAUGCUGCUCAGUUAGAGCAGUACCAGAAGGCAAUUGAAAUCUACGAGCAGGUUGGAACAAAUACCAUGGAUAAUCCUUUGCUCAAGUACAGUGCAAAAGAGUAUUUCUUUAAAGCUGCUCUCUGCCACUUCAUUGUGGAUGAGUUGAAUGCUAAGCUUGCUCUGGAGAAGUAUGAAGAAAUGUUCCCAGCAUUCACAGAUUCGAGAGAGUGCAAGCUAGUAAAAAAACUGCUGGAAGCCCAUGAGGACCAAAACUGUGAGGCGUACACUGAGGCAGUUAAGGAAUUUGAUUCCAUAUCUCGCUUGGAUCAGUGGCUUACGACUAUGUUGCUUCGCAUCAAAAAAUCACUUCAAGCAGAUGGUGAUGGAGACCUAAAGUGAAUUAUUUGUGGUAUAUGUGGCAUGUUGCCUAACUCCUAAGUAAUCUGUUUUUGUGUAAUGGCCAGGGACCAUUAUGGGAUACUUGACACUACACCUGGCUUAAUUUUGUUGCUUAUGAACCAAAUGACCUGUAUUGUUAGUAUCCUGGUGUCUUUUUGAUGACAUGGAUGGAUAAGAAAUAAUACUCCUAGGUGUUGCUGACAGCUCUUCCGUAUGUGAGAGCAAUAGAGGGAUUCACAAGACUUUUGAGAUCAGUGAAAGAAAUGCUUGGGGCAAAAAUCUUUAUUUUUAGUAGCUGAUGAGCCAAAAGUCUUCCAUUUAAAAUUUUUU